AUGGCGUCACGAAUAUCCAAUCUCACAGAGCAGCAGGUGCUGGAACCCACAAAGGCUUUGUUAGAAUAUCUGAAAAAGACAAGAAGCAAUGCGGAAUUGUUUGAUGUCCCAACCAAAAUACUUCUAACUGUGACUUUCAAGUUGAUACCUAUUGUCAAAAACAAAGUUGUCAAAAUAAAAGUUCCAAACGGCUUGAAAUUUUGUAAUCAAGAUGUUUGCCUGUUUGUCCGAGAUUUAAAGAGAGGAGAAAGAGAUUAUGAACCAAGUCAAGUCCAUUUUAAAGAGAUGCUUGCAUCUAAAGGCAUAGACUACAUUAGUGAGGUUAUUCCUUUGAAAUGUCUCAAAUUGGAAUACAGGCAAAUUGAAGCCAAAAAGAAUCUCUGUAACAAAUAUGACCUCUUUUUGGCUGAUGACAGGAUAUUUGGUAAUCUGCCCAGAACACUUGGCAAAGAUUUUGCUAGAAGGAAACGGAUUCCUAUUCAAGUAAAAAUGACAGCAAAAGACUUAAAAAAGGAGCUUGACCAAGCUGUAAAUAAUGCUUAUAUGGUCAUCACUGGGAAAGGUUCUUGCAGUUUGGUUCAUAUUGCCAAUUCCAACAUGACAGACAAAGAGAUUGCAGCCAACAUUCUUAUGGCAGCAAAGGUUCUUGCAGAGGUGGUUCCUGGAGGUGCUGAGAAUAUUCGCAACAUCUAUAUCAAAACAGAAGACUCACCUUCAUUACCUGUCUACAUUGCCAAGCCUGGUUGUGAUACCCAGUUACCUGCUACUGGAAAAAUACCAAAGAAACCGGAACCUGAAGUAAUUAAUUGGAGUCUGAGAGCAAAAGCUUUUGUCACAGAAAGCAAUGAUAUUUAUCUCUGUUCAAAGAGUGGAGAAAGAAAAUUACUUUGGGGUGGAUCAGAUUUCUCAAACAUGCCUGAAAAGAAAAGACUUUUUGCUUAG